AUUCCAGAUGUAUAAUGGCUGGUGUACCUUACCAGCUAGAAAACUUAGCAACUGUUAUCGCAAUCCCGACACCGACAGCUGAGGGUGAACCGGAAACUGAAAUUUCGGAUAGUUCGAAAAGCAAUAUCAUGUUAGAAGGCACAAAUGAAGAUCACAAAGCACGCAAACACCGAGAGCGCGACACAUCGGCGCAAUCGUUACCUCCGCCUACCAUGCCUCACGCUCAACAACGACCGCCUCUCGAUCGUGGACAAAGCCAGAUUCAAAUGGCUUUGAAUGGAUCAGCUAAUUUCGUUGGUUGGAAUGAUACAGAAGGCGACGUUUAUCGAACCUGGGGUUCGAAAAGAUUGCGAUUCUUGGCGAAGAAGUAUAAUCUAGAUCCGAUCCGUGUUUUAACCGAAGCAAGAUCAAUUGAUGCUGGACAUCAUGACGUCAUGGAUCAGCCUGGACCAUCCUCUGGUGAACCCAGUUUUGGUCACGCGCAUAGUGCUGAGAUUAAUUUCCCUUUUCUCCAACACAUUGCCUUUGGUUUUGAUGGUGGAACUCCGGGUUCGACUAGCCGAGGUAGAAGCUUUAGUCAAGGAGGUAACGAUUUGUGCGUACACGCAAGAGCCGAACGUCGCGAGUCUAUGGCACGCUUGGCUGUAAAUGUUGCAAAAAGGGGACUCUCUAGUACACCGCGAAAUCAUCGUGUUAGAUUGUCGUCGCGGCAGUCAUUUGACUUGGAUGUCACAGAAUCGGAGCGAGGUGGAUCACCGCCCACGGGCUACUAUGGUCUGUCUCCACAGCCUCAGCUUGAAGACAACCUUCUCGAAGAGGCACUUCUUCAAAGUCGUAAGAUCAAAGGACCAGGUCUGCGAAGACUGCAAAGCGAGGAGCCUCCAACGAAGAUACAGGGACCAACCCUACGAAGACUGCAGAGGGAUGAGCCUAUACCCGAGGAGUCAUCCAGUGAAUUGUCUUCUUUGGAUAAGGAGUCAGCCAACGCAGCGAGACAACAAAGCGAGCCUAUUCCGCCCCUAGCAAGCUUAGAAGAAAUCGAAAUGGGAGAAGUACCGUCGGUAUAUGAGACACCAUCCGAGGAGCCAUCAUCUCUUCCGAGUGAGGCACAGUACUCUACUCCUACUGAUGAAACUGCGUCUACAGAAACUAUUCCAAAGCCAAAACUGUCAUCGCAAGAGCAUGUGGACACCGAUGACCUCUUCUUUGCAUUUUCCUCUGCUUCUGAAAUCGAGCCUACGACUAGAUUGAAAGCUGGUAAAGAAAGACCAUUGACCACGUUAAUGUCACUGCCAAAGCUGCCUGUACCAGAAGAACCUCGUAUGGCACUGGGUGGAAUCUCGCGUCUCGACAUCGGCGAUGGUAGAAUCCACAUACCUGUAGCAAAAGUAGCUCUAGGACCUGUACCAGAGGAAGAUCGCAUUGGAAUAACUCAGCCGGAUCGUCCUUUGUUAGAUGCCGUGAAAUCUCGGACACGGUCUUUACCGCGUUAUCCCUUGUUGAAACAGACAUCAGUGGUUGAAACACAUAAACGGAGUCUCGUUGAAGAUGUGCUUGUUAAUCUUGGUCGACAAAGCUCUAACUUGUUCAUACCUCGAUAUCGACGGUACCGAGGAAUUGGUGCACUCAGCUCAUUUUACGAGGGCAGCCUUCACAGAGAAAAGAUCGAUGCCCUUGACCCGAAAGUGCGAGACAUCAUAGAACGUGGUUCGGAUGAGAGGCCAUUGUUCACAUGGUGGGUAACCAGUGUUCAAGUGCUAGUGUGUAUCGUAUCUCUGCUGAUCUAUGGGCUCGGACCUUUUGGCUGGGAACGAGUAGAAAUGAAUGAAGAAGUCGUUGAUGUUUCGCUUGCGAUGAGGCAAGUGAGCUACUACGAGCCUGUCAAUCUCUGGAUAGGACCGAGAUUUGCCGACUUGAUACGACUAGGAGCGAAGUAUUCGCCUUGCAUGAGACGCGAACCCGGCUUAUGGCGAUUGAUUAAUGAAGAAAGGGCCAAGGAGAAUGGUACCGGAUGCUGCGUCUUCAAUGACGGUACAGGGUGCUACCAGACAGGGCAAUCUAGUUGUCCGAGGACUUUAGCAACUUGGCAUAAAUGGUCGCGUCCAAAGCCACCUACCCUGAAGAAGUCAAAGUCAGAGACACAGCUAAUGGACCUUGAUAAAAAUUCAGUUGGGGUUACGGUAUCGCGUCGCAGGGGGUCUCUCACAUCUGUAAUAAGUCACCAUUCAUGGCGAACGGCGGGAGCAGUCUGUGGACAAGAUCCUGAUUUCUGCGUUCGACCAUCAUCAGUGAGACCGUAUGAAUGGCCGGAUGACUUGACCCGCUGGCCGAUUUGCUUGGAACAUCGCGAGGGUGGUUUUCUACCUCCACAUAUGACAUGCCAGAUAACUGGUCGCCCUUGUUGUAUACAGAUGCAAGGACAAUGUCGUAUCGCAACGCGAGAGUACUGCGCCUUUGUCAAGGGGCAUUUCCAUGAAAAUGCUACCCUAUGUAGUCAAGUCAACUGUUUCUCCGAUUUUUGCGGUAUGCUGCCGUUUUUGUGGCAUGAUUGGCCGGAUCAGUUCUAUCGCAUGUUCUUCUCGUUGUUCUUGCACGCUGGCGUGAUACACCUUGCUAUUACCAUUUGGGUGCAGCUAUGGUUGAUGCUUGACUUGGAGAUGCUAAUUGGAUGGCAGCGUAUGGCUAUCCUUUAUUUCGGAUCUGGCAUUGGAGGGAACUUUGCCAGCGCGAUAUUCGUGCCGUACAAUCCAGAAGUUGGUCCUGCAGGAAGUCAUUUGGGUAUCAUGGCUGCACUUGUCAUUGAUCUUUACCAUCACAGGAGCAUUAUCGUCAGACCUCAAAGAGAACUUGGUAAACAUAUGUGUACGGUGCUUGUUUUGUUUUUAACAGGACUGCUGCCAUGGGUAGAUAAUUGGGCUCACCUCUUUGGUUUCAUUUUUGGAUUGCUGAUCACUAUAGUCACCUUUCCGUACUUGGAUUUCGAAUCUCAUGAGAAACCGCGGCAAGGAUGUCGCUCAUCCUUAUCUCGAAGAAAUAUCGCGAUAGUGAUGUCACUGAUCACCAGCGUGCUCCUCUAUAUUUUACUUGGGUAUAUCUACUUUAACAGAAUAGAGUUGGACUGUCCGUGGUGUGAAUACUUCAACUGCAUUAAUAUUCGAUUUAUCACUGGAUCUAAUCACUUCUGCGACAACAGGGGACAGAAGCUCUUUCAGUGGUUGCCUAUAUAACUUUUCACUUGUUGUUUUCAUUAUGUUUGUACAGUUAAUAGCUUUGGUUGUGAUUGUUAAGUUGAAGAAUAGAAUAGAUGUUUUGCAAAUUUGAAUCACUGUACGCAUUGCCUUGUUUUACGGUGCAUUAAUGUGCCUUCGCUGAAAUGACUAUCUCAAUGGUUAUUCAAAAACAUGAAAUUCUUCCAUUGCUAUUUCUAAAUCACUGUCAUCUAGCUUAUAGAUUUUUUGUUUCUUGUUGAAUAUCCGUCUCUGUGAUUUUUUUAUAGUCUGUAUGAUUCGUAGGUAGACUACAUAAUCAUUCAAUCAUGUUGUUAAGUUCCAAUACUGGUCUACAUCUUUGUUGCUUUGAAAAUCUCUUCAUAUCCUCAUCUACAGCUCUUAUAAGUGCAACUUUAUCCGCUGUCCAAUCAAAAGGAGCUUUAUCUUUUCACUUUACGAACCGC